UGUCCUUCACUCCUUCAUCGCUCCACUGGUGCGCAUUGAAAAAGCCCAGCCCUUUUCGGCUGUUACAUCUUCUUCCCUGCCACUUGCUCCCCCUCUCCUCAACCAACCUUCGCUAAGUGUCACAACUGCACUUAAAACUCAGUUCCAUAAAUAGCCAUCUUUCAGUUAUUUCGCCACUCUCCACUUUCCAUCCCUUCUCCCACUCCCUCUCUUCACUCCACACCUCUCCUCUUCCCACCUAAUUCUCUCUUCCACAACUAAACCUCCCCCCUCCCCCCUUCUUCUCCCUUCCCCCAAACUUCCUCUUUAUAAAUCCACAUCACUCCCCUUCCCCCCUCUCGCCAUGGCUCACUCUUUCACCAACAGCAGCUCCGGUGAAUCCCCUUCACCCACCAUCCUCAAGCGCAAGCGCACCAAGCGCCGCCGCACCCUCCCUCCCACCGCCCCCACCUCUUCCUCUUCCUCCAACACCACCGAGGAAGAACAGGACAUGGCCAAGUGCCUCAUCCUCCUCGCCCAAGGUACCACCUUUCCGGUCAACCAAGCCGCAACCACCCCCUCCCCACCUACCGCUCCGAUCGCCUCACACCAUUGCAUAACCUGCAACAGAUACUUCCUCUCCUUCCAAGCUCUUGGCGGCCAUCGCGCCAGCCACAAGAAGCCCAAGAUAUCAGCUCUCGACGCCGAGCUCGCGAGCUCCUUGGCUAAACCUGCUGCCUCUUCUUCAAGCGGCGGCGUGAAACAGAAGACUCAUGAUUGUGCGAUUUGCGGGUCCGAAUUCUCCUCCGGCCAAGCGCUCGGCGGCCACAUGAGAAGACAUCGUCCUGCGAUCAUUUUACAGAAAAAUUCAGAGAUUGACAAGAAGAAAAACAGAGUUUUGCUGCUAGAUCUCAACCUUCCUGCUCCGGAAGAAGAGGAGCCCUUCGUCCCCGGGAACCCAGUCGUCUUCUCGCCUUCUGCAGCGGCGUCAGCAGCGGCGGCGGCGACCGUGGCGCUGGUGGUCCAUUGCCAUUACUAGAACUAUACAUAUAUUUAUUUAUACGGUUUACUAUCAUGAGAUCAUGUGAAUUAAGCAUAUAAACAUAUCAAAAAAC